AUGCUGUCGCUUUACAAUUUCUGCUCUUUAUGUGCGUUUAUCCCUGGAAUGAGUGGAUUGCAUCUAUUCGCUGUGGCAGGAGGUUCUGCAGUAACAGGCGGGCUAGGAUUUCUCUACCACCGCAAGACCAAAAUCGCAGAAGCCGGUCGCAAUGACUGGCAAUCCAAAACUCGCAACUACAAUUCUGCAGCUUUGGGUGCUUCGGGUGCUGUUAUGGGUGUAGGUGCUUUGACGGCAUGUAUGAUCCCUAAUGCUCCCAUGCAGUUGAUGUUGAUCCCUAUCACUUUCCCUCUUUGGGUCUUUGUGGCUGGUUAUGGUGUGGUGGACUCUUACUUCUUGGAUUCGCCGACUUCGGGAAUCGCUCAUGCUGGUCAUUUGGGCGGUUUGGUGUUUGGUGCUGCUUACUAUCUGGCUUUCAUGAGAAAGUCCCCAAUGGGUGUGUGGAGAAACAUGGAGAGAAUGAUCUCCAGAAGAUGA